AGCUACUGGACGAAUGGUUCGAUCUCGAUAUAAAUAACAGAUGUCUGGCAGCUAGAACAGCGAGCAGAAUGAUUAGCCCAACGUUAAUUUUAGUAUUUCUAAUAGUUGUUACAGCAACGGUGGCAUGGAACCCGAUGGACCCGGAGCAAACCUUUUUCGUUUAUGGGAGGUGCAUGGACGAUUUUUUGAAACAAGCCUCAAAUCCAUUGCAGGCUUUUGCAAAUUGGUUCAACUGGAAGCUCGAACCGGCUGAAGAUCCGGCCACGCAGUGUUACACAAAGUGCAUCCUUGAGGGAUUGGGUUUGUAUGACGGAAUGUCGAAAAAGUUUAAGCCAAACAGAAUUCGUCAACAGUGGAAAGCUUACAAGGAAUACAAUUUUGUCGACGAGAAAAGCGUUGGGGCCUACGCGAAUGCCGUGAAAAAUGCUCCAAAAGCUGAUGAUGGUAGUUGCAAGGCAGUUUUUACUGCCUACAAACAAAUACACUUGGAUUACUUACAAACAAUGGCAAGGGUAUACCACGGUGUCAUUAAGAAUAAUGACAUUAUUUACGAAAAUUUGGGCAACCGCAUCAAACAACCGAAGGAAUCUUAUUUUGCAUUCUGUGAAAAUCGCCACUAUAAAUCCAAUCGUGAAGCAAUUUGUCAAAUCAGAAAUUAUGCGGUAUUUGAGGAUGCGAUCUUCAAAAACCAUAUGCUCUGUAUAUUCCAAGGAUUGCGAUACUUUACUCCGAAUGACGAGAUUAAUAUUCCGGAGAUAGCUCGAGACUUUGAGGAAAUUGGUAAGCAGAGUACUGAAUUGCAGAAAGUUUUAAAAGAAUGCAGCACCAGUAAGCCACGAGAUGCUCCGUCAAAAGCGCUACACUACUAUAAAUGUCUGCUCACUAGCUCUGUUCGGAAUGAUUUCAAGGAGGCUUUCGAUUAUCGCGAACUUCGAACCGCAUGCUAUUUCUAUUCUUUUUAUCCGCAACGAAAAAUUUACAGCAAAGAGGAGGUGGCUGAGAAAAUCAACGCUAUCAAUAAAGCACAAUGUCCGGAGUAAAUGAAAAUAGAUAAUUUUUGAAAUUUUAUUUCAAAGUUAGUUAAUAGCAAUAAAAUAAAAUAAAAUGAAACUUUUUAUUUAAAAAUGAAAUUUUAUGUCAGUAUAAUAAAGUAUAAAGACAAAAGUAAUAGGUACUUCUGCGAAUGCAGAUUUCUUCCAUACUUCAAACAUUAUCUCAAUAUACAGUAAAAA